AUGUUGUUCCAAAAAUCCGUCUUAUUCGGUCUAUUGACCUCAGCUGCCUCUGCGUUGUACAGCAACCAAACUGCUCAAAUUGAUGCAGUCGCACAAACUACCACUUUAGCUCCAUCAUUCUCUCUACAACCAAUUGAGAACACCAUGACUUAUGCUGAUGAAACCACCACUUUCUUUAUCACUUCUACUUCGUACAAGACAAUCUGGUUGACUUCUGCUUCCUCCACAAUCGCUCCUGUUGGCGCUACCACGACCACUUCUGUUGGCGCUGCCGUUGCUGUUGCCGCUGAACAGAAGGAUGCAGCUGCUUCAAACGUCGUUGAACAAACUACUACUUUCACUGAAACUGAAACCUCUACCACCAUCACCAAGACUUCAACUGUUUUUGUCACUUUAGGUGGUAACGGCGCCAGUGUCACUGCCACCAUCGGUUCAUCAUCUCCAAUUGUUACUGAUGAUUCCUUCUCACCAUUAAAGAACAACAACAAAAAUGCAAACGAUUUAGAAGCACUCCCCUCUUCAUCUUCAUCGAAUAUUUCUGCUGCAUUCAACGCUUGUGUUCCAAUCACUAAAUACAUCACUGUUUCAGCUUCUCCUGAAAUUAGAUAUGUCACUGUCACAGCUCAACCAUCAUCUGUCAACUCCAACGUUCCAAGAUUCAAUUCAUCUAACCCUACUUUCAAAUGGUCUAACACCACCACAACUAUUUAA